AUCACCGUUCAACGCCACUUAAACACUCACAUGCAGUAACAGAGCAUAGCUGAGCCUAAAGGCUAAAGGCCUCUUAAGUUGCAAUCUAGUAAGUAGUAACCAUCAGAAGAUGCUUUCAAAGACCCCUUAACAUUUGGAGCUGAACCAUUUACCAAUUUUCUCCUAUCUUUGUCAAUUAUCUCUCUGAUCAGACACUCACUUGUAGGUGUUCUGCCAGACAUUGAAUUCCAUUGAGCUUGACUUUUGCAAGGUGAGGAAACAUGAAGACUGAUGUUUCCAAGGCAGGUCAUGACUGCAGACCCUUGAAAAGAAAAUCAGAAGUUCUUACUAGUCCAGUUCCACCUGGAGCGUCGGGCAAAGGUUUGCCAUAUGCUCCAGUUGAUUGGCCAAAUGUUGGUGAUAUUUGGGGUUGGAGAGUUGGAACCAGAGUUAGGGUGGCAGGAUUCUACAAUGAUCGGUUCUUGUAUGCUCCUCAGAGGCUCCAAAAGAAGCCUACUAGAAAACUACUAUUCCAGAGCAAGCCAUCUGUUUUACGUUAUCUAAAAUCACAAUUCCCUGAAGCUGACAUUGAAGAAUUUUUUGCAUCAUUCACUUGGGAUGUUCCAGCAGAAGCUCAUUCUUCAAAACUAAGCAAAUGCAGUCCUAGUCCCCAAUCACGCCCUUUGAAAAAAGAAUCGGGUAAAUUGGUAAAAGUGUUGAAGUCUCUAAUAAAAAACAAAAAGCUGCAGUAAAGAAACCAAGCCAGAAAUCUGCUAGGCGGUGCGGUAAAGAGCUCAUGGUAGAUGUGCCUGCAGUAGAAGAACAAACACUUGCGAGUGGUCCAACAACCAAGAUUUCGGGACGUAGCCAAGUCUCUGACAGUCAUGCUAUUGUGUCUCCACAUGAUAGUGCAUGCCACUCUCCG